AUGGGAAAAAGAGGAGAAGAAAAAGGAAUCGAACAAAUUGGAAAAAAAAGAAGAAGGCUCGACGAGAGCGAUGGCGAAUCCGUCACGGUGCGCCGACUGACACGUUUUCGGACGGUUUAAAUAUACUUAUAGCGAAAUUAAGAAAUGCAUAUUAUUCUGCCGAUUAACGAGUAAGUGCGUAGAAUUCGUUUAACUGUAGAUAAAGAAAAACACGUACACAGUCACGUACGCGCGAGUGCAAGAUACAUUACCACCUGUAAUCCUUCACCCACAACCACCAAAUCCACCCGUGUAUACACAGCGUACAAAAUACACUGGUAUAACAUACAUACACAUACAGGCGCAUAUACAUACACACGAGACAGUUACAUUACUUAGACGUCGGAGAUAAUCGAUUUAAGAGACAAAAUAAUAAGACAACAAAAAAAAAUCACAAAAAAGGAAACGAAUGGGGGAGAGAAAGUGAGAAAGCGAGAGAGAGAGAGAGAGAGAGAGAGAGAGAGAGAAAGAGAGAGAGAGAAUUGAAGAAAAAAAUUAAUGCAAAACACACACACACAAAGGCGCAACACGUACACGCGCACGCACGUUGCAAUUAGACGUUAUUAUCGCAAUUUGGAGUUAAAUUUUAUAAUAUAUAAUAUAUAAAAAUAUAUAUAUAAUAUAUAUAAAUAAAAGUUGACGGAUAAUAUAGAGUUAUAUUAAAUAUCGAUUAAAAAAAAAAAGAAAAAACGAGUGAAGGAGUUAUGUUCUUUAGGGUGGCGCGGCUCACGCGCUAUCGACUCACCCUUUUCAACUUAAUUCUCAUCUCCUUAACUUUCUUAAUCCUUUUAACAUUUCCUCGAGGUAAUUUUGUAUCUAGUUACAUCUGUGUAAUUCUAUUACACUUCUGAUACACCUUGUUUCUUUUUUUUUUUAAUUUACAGAAUAAAUUAUUAAAAGAAACAGAAUACGUGUAUAUCGAUAAUUAGCAAAUAACAUUUUGCGAUAAUUCUCCAUGGUUUAUUAUAUCUUCAGUUUUAUUGAUUUAAAUUUUAUUUGUAGAUUCUACAACAUAUUCAUCAAUUGCAUACUAUUUACAAAUUUUAAAUUUCAAUCUUAAUCAAAAAACUUAAAUUUCAAUCACUUUAUAAUUAUGGAAUCCUUUUCAAAUUUGUUGUGUCGUUUUACAAUAUAUUUUCAAUGUUUAAUAAAUUAUUAGUAUAUCCUACAAGGAAUAAGAGAAAGUUUAUGUAUCAUACACUUAUAUCUUAUUGCUAGUAUGAAUUUAUUAUAAAUUUAAAUUAUUUGAAGAAGCCCGCGCUGCAUCGAUUAAUUCUCCGAAAUCACCAAGGGGGGCGUUUACAGUGUCAGCUGCUAACAAUGAGUUCAUUUGUCAGUCGUCGUACAAAGUAAGAAAAUUUAGAAAUUUUGUUCAAAUUAUUUACGUUUCACUAAUUUUUCAUUGAAAUAGUUAAGAAAAUAUUCUAAAUAAUUAGGAAAAUAUUAUAUUUAAUUAUUAAACUCGAUAGAUUCAUUCUUAUGCUUUUGAGGUUAAGUCUGUUGUGUGUAAUUACUGUAUUAUGAAAUAGGAAAACGUAAUCUUUUUACAGCGUGAAAAUAGCGGUAGGAGCUUUAGUAUGCGAGGAAAGUAUUUUGAAAGGAGAUAUCACCAUUGGACCAAAAACCAUAAUUCAUCCAAGGGCAAGUAUCAUUGCGGAAGCUGGUCCCAUUAUAAUAGGUGAAGGGAACAUUAUAGAAGAAAUGGCAACAAUAACAAAUAGAUUACCAGUGGAUGCUCCAGAACCAACUACAAUUCCAGUACAAAUAAUAGGCAGUUACAAUGUAUUUGAAACUGAUUGUACUUGUGAAGCAUUUAAAGUUGGAGAUCAUAAUAUUUUAGAAAGCAAAGCAUACGUUGGUCGUGAGGUUGAAUUGACCAAUGGUUGUAUUAUAGGAGCAUCAUGUUCAUUAACAGAAUCAGAUACAAUACCAGAAAAUACAAUAAUAUAUGGUAAUGAAUGUCAACGUAGGGAAAUGCACGAUAAACCAUAUGUGAGUUUCUAUCAAACAGUAGAUCUUGUUAUAAAUGAAAUUUGGCCGUUUUGUGAUUUUAUGUUUUAUUUCAGCCUCCAAUAAGUCAAAUAGAAUUUUUGUUAAAAAUUUUACCAACUUAUCACCAUAUUCGUAAACCUAAUAUAAUACCAACAAAGAAUGAAGGAGGAUUGUAACUAACUACAUCGUUAGGUAAUUUAUUUGCAAUAUAAUGAUCUUAAGAAUGCAAUAUUUAUGCAUUAACAGUGCAUUUUAAUUACGUUUUUUUUCUAAUCUUAUUUAUAUAUUAUGCACUAUAAAAGUAUUAUUAUUAUUAUGUAAUAAAUUACGAAAAGUUUCAUACAUGAUGUAUAAGAAUCAUCAUAUAAUAAGUUAUUUAAAAUUAAGAUAAACAUAGUAUAUGUAAUUAAUAUUUUGUAAAUAAUUUUUAUUAGUAUAUCUUUGUUAUAUACAUAUUCAAAACAUUUAAAAGCUGACAUAGACAAUAUUUCGGUAAUAUCGAAAUAUCAAAUAAAAUAUGCGUUUUGUAUAAAAUUUUAUAGACCUUAAUAUUAUAGAAAAUCUAUAUUCAUUCAGUAUUUUCUCAUGCAUUAAAAUAUAAAAUUAAUAAAGUAGGAUAAUAGUGAAUCAUUAUGGAUUUAA